GCGGAGACCGGAGAGCGGAGACCGUAGAGCGGAGAGCGGAGACCGGAGAGCGGCUUUUCUUUUACGGGAUACCAUGGCAACCGCUGCCAAAACGCCACCCGGCGCUGACCCGAAGCAGCUGGAGCGCACAGGAACCGUCCGGGAGAUCGGGGCUCAGGCUGUCUGGUCCCUCUCCUCCUGCAAGCCCGGUUUUGGAGUCGACCAGUUGAGGGAUGAUAAUCUGGAGACGUACUGGCAGUCUGACGGCUCUCAGCCUCACCUGGUCAACAUCCAGUUCAGGAGGAAGACCACGGUGAAGAUGCUCUGUAUUUACGCUGAUUAUAAGUCAGAUGAGAGCUACACUCCCAGCAAGAUCUCAGUCAGAGUAGGAAACAACUUCCACAACCUGCUGGAGCUCCGGCAGUUGGAGAUGGUGGAGCCCAGCGGUUGGAUCCACAUCCCUCUGCUGGACCUGGUCAACAACCCCAUCAGGACAUUCAUGAUCCAGAUCGCUGUACUGGCCAACCACCAGAACGGGCGUGACACGCACAUGCGGCAGAUCAAAGUCUACACGCCCGUGGAAGAGAGCUCCAUCGGCAAGUUUCCACGAUGCACCACUGUAGACUUCAUGAUGUACCGGACCAUCAGGUGACCGGAGCUGUGGUCACAGACUGCCCUUCAAAUGUGGUUCAGACUGCAGUCUCAUAGGCACUAAGCCUUAAUGUCAGGGGUUACUGUGGGGGACAAAUGUGAAAUAUGGGCUAAUUUCCAGCGCAUGGGUGACAUCCUCUGGACUGAGGAGCUUCUGAAUCUUGAUUCUUUUCGGUUCCUCUCAUCAGGGAUGAUCUUAAACUGAGAAAUCAGUCAAAUGCACAAUAGUUUUGUAUUAACUGUUGAUGCCUUCUCCUGUGCCAUUUUUGUUUACAAAGUGAGUACUGAAUUGAAAUGUUUUACAGAUAAUAAAGUUGUUUUUUUUUAUUACAAUCGACCCGA